AUGUAAAAAAAUAGUCUAAGUUUGCUAAUAGCUCUUCUCCUAGCUUUAUUUGAGUAUUGCAUUAAAUUAUUAAAGAUAAGUUUAUUCAAGUUGCAAUUACAUAAGCACAGACUCUACAAUUUUAAGCUUGCUUAAUCCAUAGCUAGAAAUAGAUGUUGAAUUGGAACAUGAGAUUUUCAACUCUUAAAAAAAUAUUGGGUAUGGUUUAUGGUUUAAAUAUUAACCUUUCCUUCCAAUCUCAGAUAUAAGUAUUAAAUCUUAAUGAUAGGUCUCCUCAAGGUUAUUACAAUAUUGGUAAAGUAUCAUCAGAGUAGUUCAUAUAUCUUCUAUAGUAAAAAGAAACAAAAUUCAAUUUGUUAACUUUUUAUAUUUCUAUUUCUGAUGAAACAUAGACCAUUACUCAUAAUGUAUUUUAUUCAUUUAAAACAAAAAUUGAUACUUUAGUAUUUAAUUUUGAACAUGAAAAAUAUGAAGGACAAUGGAUGUUAUUUUAUUUCUAUUUUAAUCUGUAAUCAGAAUAAACCACUAUAGGAUUCUAUUCAUUGGAAUAAACAAUGAAAACGAAAACAUAGAUUUUAAAUGACAUACCUGCUCUUGUGAAAAAUAUUAGACAUUAAAUAGGAGGGAAAUAUGAGAUAACAAAUUAAAUAGGAGAAAAUUUAAGCUUAACCUAGUUUAUCGGAAGAUUGUCAACAAUUUUCAGUUAGGGGUCAGUAAAUAUAUUUUAAGAUUUUGAGACAUUUUUAUUAGUAUGUACAAUUGAAUCUGAGUGUUAAGAAUCUACUUAUACAAUAUCAAGUAUCUUUUAAGCAUUUUUGGGAUAGAGCUAUUAAUUUGGUAGUACAAGUGUAUUUGAAUAUCCAAUAUAUGUAAUAAAAGGAUGGUUAAAAUUAUAGCCAUUAGAGAAAUCACCCCUUGAUACUGUGAUAUUUAGAGUCACUAUAAAUCAAAACUACUAAAAUGACACCUAAAUUGGAGAUAAAGCUUUAUAUUUGCAAUAUCAUUAAAAUACCAUCCCAGAAUCAAAUGGGUUUUCAAUAAGUACUUAUUCAUACGAUUUUCCGACUUUUAACAGAUACAAAAGUACUGCUGCUGAUGUCAUAAGUGAUUUUGGAGCUUAAUAUUUGGAAUUACUUGUUAAGUGGCAUUAUAUUUAAUAUGAAAUCGGAACAAAUAAUAAUCAAGGUCAACCUAUUUUUCAGAUAUAUUUCCCAUCAUAAAUUGAGAAUUAGAAAAUUUUCUAAUGGAAAAAUUACAUCAAACAUUUCACAGGAACUAAAAUGUAUUUUUAUGUUGGAGGGGAUAAAUAAAGUAAAAAUUUUUUAAAAGGACACAUCAGUGAUAUGUAGUUAAUCUCUUAUUGCAAGACUCCUAUUAUUACACUAUUCCCAAACUGUCAUUACUCAUGUCUUACUUGUGAUGGUCCUAAUAAUAACAACUGCUUAUCUUGUCCAUAAAAUAGUCAAAGAAUCUAAUCUGUAAACUAAAAGAUAUGUUCUUGUAAAAAAAGAUAUUUAGAUAUUGAAAAUCAAUCAAUUUGCAAACCAGUAUCGGAAAUCUUUCCAUAAAUGACAGAAGUGGAAUUAGAAUUGAAUUGUCCUCAGGGUUAUGAUGUCUGUACUGAAGAGUAAAUAGUUUGUUCAUUUGGUUAUUUCUUCUAUUAAAACUAUGGAAUAGAUUUUAGAGGAUAAUGCUUAAAAUGGUAUCAUAUUAAUAAAUUUUAGUCCUGGCUAUUCAUCAUUAAAUACAAGAAGUUUGAUUUUGUGUUCCAAUUGUAUUUUUGACCAAUCAUCGUUUCAUUAUUUAAUGUGUGUAGAAGAUACAAUUACAUAUUAGUCUAAUGAAAACUUUUUGUAUUACACAGUCAAAAGAAAGAACAUAGAUAUAGAAUAAUAUUAAGCAAUUAAAAAUUUAAAUGGAGAUUAUGAAUUAAUUCUAAAGUAGGGAUUUUAUGAUUUUGUUGAUUGUAAAAAAGGAUACUUUAAAAAAUGAGAAUUGUAUUUCAUGUGCCAAAGGAUGCCAAACUUGCCAAUAUGAAUUGGUUUGCGAAACAUGUUUUCCUGGCUAUAUUUUAUCAGGAGAUUAUUUAUGUAUACAAUGUCCAGGGUGUUCAGAUUGUACUAUAUUUUUGGAAAAGGUUUAAUGCAAGAUGUGCGCAACUAGAACAUAUCUGUCAUCAAAUGGAGCUUGUAUAUCUUGUGGACAAAAUUGUUCGAGCUGUGAUUCAAAUGGGAUUUGUCAAUAUUGUGAUGAUCCAUCAAAGUAUUUUAAAACAUUUGAUGGUCAUAAUUGCCAAAUUUGUAGUAUUACCGAUUGUAUUUAUUGCUUUUAAUACUACCUUAAAAAUGGGAUUACUUAUACAACUCUUGAUAUUAAUUAUGAAAUCCUUGAAUAAAAUUAAGAAUCAUUCUACAUAGGAUGUGCACUCUGUUAAGCCAAUCUUUAUUAUAAUUAAAUAACAUUGUCAUGUGAAGAAAAACCUCUUAUAUCUUCAACAUAUGAUAAUUGCACUUUCGGCCUGAUCAUCAAUUCUUUUGGUAAAAGUGAAUGCUUAAUUAGUUCUACAAGUAAAAUUUCUACUUAAAAUACAGAUUGUUAAUCAAUCUCAAACUGCUAACAAUGUAUCAAAAGAUACAGUUAAUUCUUUACUUUUUGUAUAAUUUGUGAAGAUGGGUUUUAUUCAUCAACAUUAAAUGGUUAAUGUUUAAAAUGUGAUUCUAAUUGUAAGACUUGCGUUUAAUAAAGUUAAACUUAUUAAGAUUAUUGGAAAUGGAAUAUAAAGGCUUAUUAUAAAUAUGUAUUCAAUUACGAUGAUUCACACUCUUUCGAAACAUAUGCUGUAGAAAUUUUCAAAAAUGAUUUUGAAGUAGUUUGCACAUCCUGUCCUUUGGGGUUUAUUUUGAAUAAAUUUAAGUGUAUAAAAAAUUGUGAUUUGGAAUGCCUUAAGUGCGUAAUAAUAAAUGAAGUUGCCACAUGCGUAUAAUGCUUGGAAACUCCAUAUGGAUUUUAAAAAAGUUUAGAUUCAAAUGGAAAAUGUUUAGCUUGUCCAAGCAAUUGUGGAGCCUGUUUAGAUAGGACUAACUAUGGAAUUGAGUUAUUUAAUCCAAAUUUCAUAACAUCGACAACGAAUCUAAAAUAUACAAGAAUUUGUUAUGAACAAUUCCAUUUAGAUUCCUUUGAAGGUUACUACUUCAAUGACCAAUCAUUAAAAACUAUCACUUUUUGUGAAAAAUAUAAUAAAUGCUAUCAUAAAGUUAUUUUUGUAAAUAACAUUUAUUGUUCUUAAAACCAUUUUAAUAGAGUUGCGGCUAGUUUUACAGGCGAAACUUUAGAUGCUUUUAAGAAGAGCAAUAUUUAUAUAUCUGAUCUCUUUGAAAAGGGUUAUUUAUCUGCUGUUGAAACAUUCGAAUUAUUUUAGUAUCUGAAUGAGAAAGUUAUUAGAGAAGUAGUCUUUGAAUAUACUCUAAUUUAGGAUUAGGGAGAAGUUUGCAUCAUUCCAUAAGAGUCAAACCUCUUUUCAAAAGUUCAAUAAAAUGUCUUUACUGUUUAAAGUGUUAGCCUAUUAUUUAUUGGGCAAAAAUUCCCAACCACUGUAAUUGUAGAGAAUGUAGUAUAUUUGAGAAACUUUACAACAAUUACUUUUAAAAAUUUACAAUUUGCUAAAGACAAUUUUAUUGAAUUAGGAUUUACUUUGGAAAAUACAAAAAAUUUUGAAAUUUUAGAUUGCAUUUUUACUUAAAUUGCAGGUAUCAAUAAAUUUUAUAGGUUCUUCUUUUACCCUUAUAUUGAUUCUUUGAGUAUCAUAAAUUUAAUAAUAGAAAACCUAAAAACAUAAGAUUGGGUUUAGAUAUUUCAAUUCAAUUUUUAAUUAAAAUCUAAAAUUAGUGUUGUAAAGUUAAUCAAUUUAAAGAUAAUCAAUUCAUAUUUUUAUUCUUUCCGUUUAUUCUACUUUGAGGGAGGGGGCUUUAAUAUUAUAAUGAAAUAUAUAAACAUCACUAAUACAACAUUUGAACAUUUCUCUUCCUUUAUUUAUUUAAGUACAGAUGGAUCCUUUUAUGAUUCAUAUUUAUUGACCCAAGAAGUUAAACUAAAUGCAGUAACAAUUAACGAAGAAUCUGUUUUGUUUUAUUUUUAAGGAGAAGGUGAAAAUUAAUCUUAACUAAAAGGUUUAAUUGUUUUAGAUUGUAUUAUUUCUUAAUAAUCAUAUCUUUAUAAUUCCAAUAACUUUGAAUUACAAAAUAUAUAUAUAAGCAAUACAAAUAUUAUUAAUAGCACAAUAUUUAGUAAUAAUGCUUUUUCAUCAAGAAGAUUUUAUUUCGAAAUAAUUCGUAAUGCUUCAAUUAUUAAUUGCACAAUUGAAAAUGUUUAUUACAAUGAACAACAAGCUAUCAUACAUUUAAUUUCAGUAUAAGCAAUAUCGGCUCUAAAUAUUUAAAUAAAGUUAUUUAAAUUAUUGAAAAGUAGGAGCACAAUAAACAUAGAAUAUAAUGACAUUUAUAACAAAAAAUCGAUUAUUUAUAUAUAAUGCUAAGUUUGUAUAUUGGAAGAUGUGGAAAUUGAAAGAGAGUAUGGUCUGCCGGAAAUAACAAUUUUAAAUUCUAAGAAAUUAACAUUAAAUAGAAUCAAAUUUACUUAAUCAAUUUUAUUUCGCUCUAAAACACUUCAUAAAUCAGUCGAUUGCAUGUUAAAUUAUGCAUUAUACAACAACAUGUACUUUUAUUUAUACAUAGGAUUCUAUCAUAAUAUUACAAUCAAUAAUUUAGAAAUUAUUGAUUCUAUUACUUAUAACAACCCUUUCAUAAUUAUUAAAGCACACGAUAUAACUGACAAAAUACAAAAGGAAUACAUCAAUAUCCAGAAUAGUAGAUUUGAAUCCAACAUGUUAGUUAUAACAAAAAGAAACACAAUAUCUUCGAUUAUAUCAUUAUUUUCUGAAUAAAACUGCUAGAUAAAUAUAAGCAGAGUUGUAUUUAACAAUAAUCAUUUAAAUUAAUACAUUUAAGAUUUGACAAGAUAAUCUGCAUCUACUUUAUUAAUCCAACUAUAAUAGGGUAAUGUUUAAAUAUCUAAUACAAUUUUCAAAUAAAAUAUUGUGACAAAUUCAACUGAUUCAAUAUUAUAUAUUAAAUCAAUUAAUGUUUUAUUUCAAAACAAUCAGUUUUUUAAAAAUAAUAUUUUAGAAAUUUAGAAUUUUAUUAAGAAUGUAUUAUUAUUUGAAGAUGGUUAAUAUAAUGGAAGGAGCCUAAUGUAAGCAUUUCCAAUUAAUUCAAAAGGUGGAAAUGGUUAGAUAUUUGCAAAUAAAAUCUCAAUAUUUAAUACAUCAAUCAAUAAUUCUUUUUCAUUGUUUGGAGGUGGAUUCUAUCUGGUAGCAUUAGAUACAGGCACUAUCCUGAUUGAGAAUUCAAUUUUUUAAAAUACUUUAACUAGUUUAGCUAGUUCAUCAUUUUCAACAGGAGGUUGCCUCUACAUAGAUGCCUAAUUAUCAAAAUUACAUCUUCAAAUAUAUUCAACAACUAUAGAAAAUUCAUUUAGCAGAGUUUAAGGAGGUGGCAUCUAUAUUGUACCUUCAGAACAAGAAAAUUUUGUUACUCUUCAAAAUUUAACCGUAAUAAAUUGCUUUUCCAUUUAAUAUGGUUUCUUCUCAUACUUAUAAUCAAGUCUUUAAAGUAUAAACUCCAAAGUUCAAUUUAGUAGAGCAUAAUUUAUGGUGACACAAGCAGGUUUCAUGAAAUUUUUGUCUCUAUUAGAAUCUCCUACAAAAAUGGAUGUAGGUUUUAUAAGAACUAACAACCCUCUGAUUAAAAUAAAAUUUGGAUCUAUCUUGAUGAAAAAUUGCAGUUUUAUUUCAACCCAUAUUUAAUUUUUGAUAGAUAUUGAAUUUGCUCACAAUAUUUUGAUAAAAGAUAUGUACAUUAUAAAUUCAACAAUCUUAUUUUCUCCUUUGAUUAGAUUAAGUUUAAGAUAAUGUAAUAAUUUAUCAUUAUUAAGUAGAGUCAUCUGGAUAUAUUUUGAUCAUUAAUAUUAACGCAGAAAAUGUGCAAUAGCACACAAAUUAUUCAGAUUUAGGGUGUUAAAUUUCAACAAAGCCAUCACUUUCAUCUUUAGAAUGUAAAGGAGGUAUCCCAUAAAAAAAUCUCAUUGUUGAUGAUUAUAAUUAGUACAAUUCUCAAGUAAUUAACCUUACAUCACUUGAACAGGAAUAAUAAUAAUUAUGUAACUAAAAGGAAGUUUAUUAAUAAGCAAAUUAUAGUUUUAGCUUGUUUGAGAUUGAUAACUUGAAUCAAACUCAUAGAUUAGAAGUUUAAGGAUUAAAUUUUGAUUCUAUCAGAUGUGUAUCUUGUACAUAUGGCAUCUUAAGAAUUAAGGAUAUAUUUUAAUCAUAAAUUGAAAACAUAUUUUUUAAUAACAUUAAAAUCUUAAAUAGUUAAUGCGGAUAAACAGGAUGUCUUUCAUUUAUAUAAUCAGAAGAUGACCCUUUUUUUAGAAGGGAUUUAUUAACAAAUAGGAGAAGAAUACUUCAGAAACACGAUUACAUAAAUUUAAUCUAAUAAUUAGGAUAUUAAGCUAGAAUAAUUAAUAGUAAGUUUUUUAAUAACUAUGCAACAUUUGGAGGAGCAGUUUUUAUUGUUUAAACAAAAAUAAUAAUUCAUAAUUGCUUAUUUGAAAGUAAUAAAGCUGAAAUGGGAGGGGCAUUUUAUUAUUUUUCAAAUGAAUCAUCAAUGAUAAUCAUUGAAAGUCAAAUAAUUGAAAACCAAGCUAAAAUUGCUGGAGGAUUAUAUUUGAAUAAAUAGUAACUUCAGGAAACAGUGCUAUUAAAUGUAUUUUUAUUCAAUAAUAAUUCAACUUUAUUUGGAUCUGAUGUUUCUGAGAAUCCAAGAUCUUUGACAAUAUCUAUAGAUGGAGGGUAGACCUUUUUAACUAAAAUUAAAGUAAAAUAAAGUCCAACUAUGAUUAUUGAUAAAAUAGUAGUCAAUCCUUAUAAGGUUUUGGGAUAAUCUGAAAGAGUAAAAUAUUUAACAUUACCUUCUGGUAGAUAAAUAUUUUCUUACAAAUUCUUUGAUUUAUUACAAUCAGAAUAUAUUCCAUAUAAUCUAUCAUUCCGUAUUAUCGCUCUUAAUAAAUAAAACACCCAAGAAAAAAAAUUAGCUGGAACUACUUGCACUUAGACUCCAACAAUAAUCAACACUACUAGUGGAGAAGCAGUCCAAGGAUUAAUGGGGACUUUAUCCUACAAUAAAGUAAAAUUUAAUGAAAAUACUGGUGAUUACAAUCUAGAUGAUUUAAUUAUCUACUUCAACCCAUCUUAUGAUGAUGAUAUUAUCUUAAGAUUAAACAUCUAGUGUAGUAUUAUCUUAAUUCCAUAAUAUGAAGUUACUCCUCCUUAUUUAAUUAAGAAUUAUAUAUCAAAUUAUAAUUUGCUAGUAGAUAUCAAAACUUUCUAGUGUUAAUUAGGAGAAUUCUUAAAUGCAACUUCUGGAGGCUGUACUUUGUGUGACAUAAUUUAAGGUCAAUUCUCAGUAUAAAGGGGUGCUUAGAGUUGCAGUUAUAAAGAUGAUCAAAAAAUAAAAUCCAUAAAAUCUUCAAUGAUUGAAUUAAGAAAUAGUUAUUGGAGAGCAUAUUAUUAUAGCUUAACUAUAGAAUAUUGUUACCACAUGACUUUAAAUUGUGUUGGAGGAUGGCAAUCAGGUGAUAAAUCUUGUGCAGCCGGACACAUAGGUGCUUUAUGUGAAUAAUGCGACUUAUAUAAUAUUCGAGGAGAUGGGUCUUACUCUGUAAGUUCUUUAUAUUCAUGUGGUAGCUGCGAAGAAAUUUCUGGAAAUGUCUUAGCUAUAGUUUCCAUCAGCAUUUGGACCCUUGUUUCAAUUUUUAUGUCUGUCAGCAGUACUGUUGAUAUGAUUGAAGAAUAUAUGAUUGGAUUUCGAUUGUCUGCUCUAGGAGUUGCUGUUGCUAUAAAUUAAAUUUCUACUGCUAUGUUAAUUAAGAUAUUCACAAACUAUCUAUAAAUCAUUUCAACUAUUAGCACAUUUUAACUUUAAGUUCCUUCAUAACUGACAUCAAUAGUUAAUAGUGUUGGCAAUCCAAUCGAAUAAAUGGCCUAUUCUCUCGAUUGCUUUUUAAUAAAUGUUUCUGAUAUUCCAAUUAUUUACUUUAGAAUUAUCUGGAGUCUAAUUAUGGCAUUUUCAUAUAUAACACUGUUUAUUACUUUCGGUGGAAUAGCAAUAAUGCUUAAUUUAGCUAAAUACAAGUUCUCAUAUAUUCCUACAGCUUUUAUUUAUGUUUUUAUCUACUUACAACCUACUUUAAUAGGAAGUUUAAUCUCUUAAAUAUCCUAUAGAGUAAUUUCAGAUGAAUAUUGGAUUCAAGGUAACGUUGCCUAUCGUUAUGAUACAGAGCAUCAUGUUAAAUGGUUAUUAGCCUUUUGUAUUCCCUUAUUGUUAUUCUUUGGAGCCAUAAUUCCUGCUUAUUUGUGGUAUGGAGUUAGAAAAAAUUUACAUUGUUUGAAUAGCACUAAAGUAAGAUAAAUUUGGGGCUACCUUUAUAGUGAAUAUAAAUUAUAUGCUUAUUAUUGGGAAACCAUCAAAAUUGUUUAGAAAGAAUUAAUCAUAAUUGUAUUAGCUUAUUAUGAGGAUUACAUUCCUAUUAAAGCAUCCCUUGUAUUUUUAGCUUUAUUUGGAUAUAGUUUUCUAGCUACUGCAAAAAAACCUUAUAACUCUAACGAUCUUAAUUACUUAGACUCAAAAUCGACUGUUGCCUGUGCAGUCUCAUUCAUAUUAGCCAGCUCUAUUUAUACAGCCUAAUCAUCAAAUAUUUAGGAAAUUGUUUGGCCAUUCUAUAUAAUUAUUGGAAUUUUAAAUGCCUUAUUUAUAGUAUAAAUGCUCAUUAAAAUAUUAUCUGCCUAUUUUGUGAAAUUGAGCGAUUAAAUCGAUAAAGUAAAGAAUUUUAUUAAUCAUCAUUUUCCUAAUUUAAUUAUUAGGUAUCCAUUUAUAGCUAAAAUAUUGGAAAGUAGAAAGAAAAAAUUAGAAAGAAUUAAAUGUAGAUUUGGUAAAUUAAGAACUUAUCUCAGAACUUAAGCUAAAAAGAGAAUAGGAUUGAGAAAGGAAUAAAUAAUCAUAUAUUGUAAAAUGAAUAAUUCAGAAUACUUAAGAAAAAACAACCCAAAUAUGUCGAGUAAGAUAGGUUGA